AUGGAUACUGUCCCUGAAGAAAUACCAAGACUGGAGCAAUUGACAGACGAGUCCGAGGAGGAAAUUCUCAAGGAAAAUUGCUUUUGGCUCCAGACCUAUAAAGAACUGAUUCAGUCCUCUCCGGCAUACCAAAAGUUCCUGGGUGAUCUUCGCCGAGAAAGUGUCCUAACACGAGCAAAACCAGACAUUUUUGAGGAUCUCUACCACGGUAUCUACAAAAAGCUCCCCGUUUCCAAGGAAAUCAGCAGAAAAGUACGGCCUGAAAGAUCGAACAUGACAUACCUCCUGGACUGGGACCUGUGGUGUUUCCUUGAUGAGCUGCCAUGCUCGGGGUCUCUAGACAUCGCUAUAGAGAACACGGUCGUGUUGGUUGGGUCCAGCACCACUGCUCAGAUGCUAAGAUGCACUGAAUACCUGCAGAUGAUGUGGCCAUCGAGUGGAUUGGCAGUGUUCAACUUGAUCCAAAAGCUGGUACAAGAUACCGGCACUCCUGUUCAGUCUGACACAAUACCAGACGACACGAGAAUUGAGGCAGACUACUUGAGUGAUAGUAGACAGCUCCGUGUUCGAGUAGAUGGCCUUCCCUCUUGGAUUGUGGAAAUCGGUCAAAUGCUCGCCUGGAUUGGUGCCGCUCUGCAGGUCUCUCCUUUUCGAAACCGCUUUGUAUUCUACAGACCAAUUUUGCCAACACAUCCUUCACUUCCCCAAGAACCUCAAUGCAGAAUUAAAUUCGUCUCCAAUCGCGAGGGUGGUGGGCCACUAAGAAAGGGACAGUGUUGGCAUGGCCUGUUCAGAAACCCCGUGGUGGUUGAAGGGUUCCCCGUUGCCCGAAGAAUAGGUGCCAGCCUCCCAGGACUUGAGAUAUCGCUGUCCAUGAUGGCUGCGCUUCUAGAGACUCGUCAUGUCCAUUCAUUUGCGGACACUCUGUUCAUCAAAGGCUUUGACACCCUGCUGGUGGCGACACAGUCGGAGAAUGGCUUCAUGAUGUGGCAUCUGCUUCCCUCCACUGAUGGAAACCGGAUAUCAUACAACGAGGGUGUGAGCUUGAGCUGUUCCUCUAUCCAAAUGGCGGACUUGGGCGACUCUCGUCAUAUUCUCGGAUGGUCUUCGGAGAUUGAAUUCCUCGCAGGGACUCACCAAGCAUCUUACGACGUCAAGACUUCUAAUCUCCCCAGGGCAUCCGCCAACGGUCUCCUUGCCGACACAUCCAUCUCCUUGGGUCGGAUUGUGACUGGUGGAAGAGCGUUGAGCGUCGACGAGAAACUCUCCAAGGUCCGCCAUAAUUAUAUCCGGAAGCUCAAGUGGAUCGAGAAACAAUACGUCCUCCUCUGGGACGAAGAGGACAAACGUGGGUGGCUCGUCAAUGGAACCAGCGCCCUGCUGCAUCUCGUCCGUGCCGCUCUAGAACUGGAUCGAAAGGGCGCCUUUGCCUCUGCCACAUUGUUUGACCCGGCAGAGAUGGUGUAUCCAUCGCCGUACGGCCCUGGUUCGGCGUCGAGGGUUCUGGUAGACCCAUCCAACAUGCAGCUCCCUAUCCAUGAGGGUGACGACAGUCCGGUGCCCUUCCAGAACCACGUUGUUCAGUUCUAUGAGCUGUUGGAAAAGAUCUUCGACUAUGAAUCAGCGGCCGUGAAUCGGCAUCCGGAACGGUCCCGUUCUCGAGCACGACUGGAGGGUUGGGACUUUGAGAAUCUCGCUGCCGGCCGUGAUCCUGUCCUGGCGAGAGAAUCCAGACUGGACGUUUCUGGGAGGUCGUGGGUUGAUCUCGUCCGAUCUAUGCGUGCGAUCACUCUGUUUGGGCGGGGAUUUGGAGAGAUUAUACGGUCCUUUGACGUUUGUUCCCAGUGGGUGACCAUGCCAACUGAACGGUCCUGUCUGGCAGUCUCCCAUCAAGACCUCAAGGAGAUUGUGGCUUCAUGGUGUGGCAAUUUAUCUUCCUGUCCACCGACUCUGACGGAUCUAAUUGCCUGGCAUAUCCCUACGGAUGGAGCGACGACAUGUCGCUGUGCCACGAACAAGGACCGUCAGCACUCUGACAUUGUCCAGGUGCUUCUCCCAUCAUCCAUGUCAUCUCGACUGUCCUCGCAGGGCCUUCAAGCCGACGCAGUACACGACGGUGCGUUCAUCUUUGGUCAGAAUUCAGAGAAUACCUGGUACUGGCCAGAAACCGGAGAGCCGUCCAAACAACCUAUUAUUCAAGAACCUGUAGCGAGGAAAAGUGACAACGGCUCUCCAUUUUAUGACAGCGGGAUUGGAGACAGUCGAGACUCAUCCACAUCUGCUCUACACGAUGAGACGAAUCAAUAUCCCGAACGGAGCCCCCAGACUUCCCAACCACAAUACACGACGAGCGACUACACCGUAGGCAUUAUUUGCGCUCUUCACUUUGAACUGAAAGCCGUGCGGAUGCUCUUUAACUCCUACCAUGACAACGUCCGGGUCUCGUCCACCGACCUCAAUGCGUACGUCUUUGGACGCAUGGGCAUGCACAAUAUCGUCGCCACCUGUCUUCCCGACGGCGAAUACGGAAUCAGCGCUGCAGCCAGUGUGGCGUCGAACGUCAAGCGAACCUUUAGCCGUCUCCAGUUCUGCCUUUUGGUCGGGAUCGGGGGCGGAGUCCCGUCCCUCAGACAUGAUAUCCGGCUGGGCGACGUCGUGGUGAGCAAGCCCAUCGGCAGCAACGUGGGUGUAUUGCAGUACGACAUGGUCAAGACGUUGGCCGACGGCGAAACGCAGAUGAACGGAUACCUGCAGCCUCCGCCACGCUUCCUGGGAUCCAUGUCCAGUUUGAUGCAGUCUGAUCCUCGACUCUCUCGCACGCCAUUGGAGCCGUACCUGCGACAGAUCAGAGAGGUUGGUGGCCAGGAAUACGCAUACCCCGGGGCCCUGCUGGAUGUUUUGUAUGUCCCUGACUAUCCACACGUCAGGGAUGAGUCUACCUGUGCGAAAUGUGAUCUAUCAAAGGUACAGAUACGACCGUCCAGACCAUCACACCAACCAUAUAUCCAUUACGGCUUGAUUGCCUCUGGCAACCAAGUCAUGAAGGACGCCCGGACAAGAGACGAGAUCGCCGCCAGACACGACGUGCUCUGCUUCGAGAUGGAGGCCGCUGGAAUCAUGAACGUCUUGCCCUCCUUCAUCAUCCGGGGAGUCUGCGAUUACUCCGACUCACACAAGAACAAGCAGUGGCAGAAGUACGCGGCUGCCACGGCGGCGGCGUUUGCAAAACUACUCUUGUCUCACGUCCGACCAGAUGUAGAGUCGGAAUAUGACUAUCGUUUGUCUCCUGGUCUAGACCUGGGAGACCACGAGCAUCCGGUGAAACGACGGCGUAUUGUUCAUUGA